AUGACCCUCACCGUUUCUCCCGACCAGCCCAUUGACCUCCAAAUCGGCUGGCCUAACCCUGCGCUGCUCCCCGCCCCCAACCUCCGUCACUCCGCCACGGCCGUACUAUCCAAUCCCUCAAUCGCAAACCCAGCCCUGCUCUACGGCCCCGAUGAAGGAUACGAGCCACUGCGCAUACACAUAGCCGCAUGGCUGAGCGAUUUCUACCAGCCGCGCGAGCCCGUCUCAUCGCAGCGCAUUUGCAUCACCGGCGGGGCUAGCCAGAACCUAGCAUGUGUGCUGCAAACCUUCACAGACCCGGUCUACACGCGAAAUGUAUGGAUGGUCGCACCGACGUAUCACCUGGCUGCGCGGGUUAUGGAUGACGCCGGGUUCGCCGGGCGUCUACGGGGAGUCCCCGAAGAUGAUGAGGGCGUCGAUAUUGCGGUGCUGGAGAGCGGGUUACGCGCUGCGGAAGAUAUCGCUCUGCGCGCUGGGAAUACUGAGCCGUCCGAGCUGACACGCCCGUCACCGUGCCAUGCCACUGUGCCAUCGUCUAUUGAGUCCCGGGCUGACAUUGCCCCUCUUUCCCUGCAGAAACUGAAACCGCCCAGGGCCUGGCGCAAAAUCUACAAGCACGUUAUCUACGCCGUGCCGACUUUUGCGAAUCCCUCUGGGAAGAUCAUGUCGCUGCGUAGACGUGAGGCGCUUGUUCGUCUCGCCCGUCAGUACGAUGCGCUGAUCGUUACGGAUGAUGUGUACGAUUUCCUUCAGUGGUCGCCGAAGCCGGAAGGGGAGAAGAAAUUCGGCAACCGCGCAUGUGUUCCGCGCAUUGUUGACGUGGACCGUUACUUGGACGGCGGUCCACAGGAUGAAUGGGGACACGCACUAAGCAACGGCAGUUUCAGCAAGCUGAUCGGGCCUGGGGCUCGCACCGGCUGGGCGGAAGCGUCGGAAAAGGUUGCUUAUGGAUUAUCACAAACAGGCUCUUCCCGAUCGGGCGGCGCUCCUUCCCAUUUAUGCGCCGCUAUCAUUGACCAGCUGUUCCCCACAGGCAUCCAUAACCACAUCCGCGACGUCCUCCAACCGAAAUACGCCGAGCGCUAUCAUACCUUGUUAUCAGCAAUCCACGAGCAUCUCGUCCCGUUGGGCGUCACAGUCCCAGCACCUGCCGCCGCAGCUGGAGGCUACUUCAUGUGGAUUGGUCUACCAGCGCCGUUACUCGCCGCCGACGUAGUCCAGCGAGCGCAGAGCGAAGAAAAUCUGCGUUUGUGUGCGGGUGAUCUGUUCCAGGUGCCGGACCCUCAGGUGACUGAGGAGAGGUUUACGGAUCAUCUGCGUUUGUGUUUUGCGUGGGAAGAGCCACGACACUUGACCGAGGGAAUGCGUAGGCUAGCGCGUGUUCUCCACCGUAUCAUUCGUACCCAGGUCUAG